AUGGCCCCAAAGAAUAUCCUCCUCAUGAUCGCCGAUGAUCUUGGUUAUCAUCAAAUGAGCUGCUACGGCAGCAGUACGAUUCGAACACCCAAUCUAGACAAAUUCGCAUCAUCUGGAGUUAAAUUCGACAUGGCAUUUACCAGCACUGCGUCCUGUAGUGGGAGCCGGACAGUAAUCCAAACUGGGUUGCACACGCACCAAAACGGAUCCUACGGUCUGGUUGGCGAAGGCAACGGUUUCCAGACAUCUCCCAAUAUUGAGACAGCUCCCGAAAUCUUCAAUGAGCUCGGUUACAAAACUGGUAUCCUGGGAAAAGUUCACGUUGCGCCCGAGAGCAAGUAUCCGUGGCAGGUCAGGGAAGAAAGCGAGUCAAGAAACGUGGCUAUGAUUGCAGAUCGCGCAGAAGCGUUCUUUAACUCUUCGAAAGAAGAGAACAAAUCUUUCUAUCUCACGAUUGGCUUCGUUGACCCUCAUCGCCAACUCGGGAUAAGAGGCGGAUUUGGCAAUGUGGAAGGAAACCACGAUCCCAGAAUUAAAGACCGUAUCUUCAAACCCGAGGAUGUUGAGAUUCCACCUUUCCUCAGCGAUCUGCCGGAAGUGCGACAAGAGCUCGCUGAAUACUACCGUUCAAUCCACCGCAUGGACCAGGGCGUUGAAAUGAUCCUCGCAGCUCUCGAUCGCUGUAGUCUUACAAGCGAUACACUAGUGUUAUUCCUGAGCGACAACGGACCGCCCUUCAUAAACUCAAAAACCACUCUCUACGAUGCCGGGAUCCGUCUCCCAUUCCUCAUACGCGUCCCUGGUCAAGCAUCCAACACCGUAAACCCAAACCUAAUAUCUUACACGGACAUCCUUCCCACCUUCAUCGACUGGGCCGGCCACUCCUCGCGUUCUCAAAAACCCGGUACAGCACAUCCUCGUCUUGGACGCUCCAUCUUGCCAAUCCUCAUCAGCAUCCAAGAAAAUCCAAACUGGAGCAGCGUAUUUGGCUCGCACACUUUCCACGAGAUCACCAAUUACUGGCCUACGCGAUACAUAAGAACCCGUCGCUUCAAAUACCACCGAAACGUUUGCUGGCGUCUUGACUUCCCCUUCGCCAUGGAUCUGUAUGCUUCCUUAUCCUUUGAAAGUAUCCGCAACGCACCCAAUCCCACAAUCGGCCAGCGGCCUCUCAGCAACUACAUCUUCCGUCCUGCGGAGGAGUUAUACGAUCUCGCCCGAGAUCCCGCGGAGGUAAGGAAUAUCGCUGGGCUGAAAGAGUAUGAGAGUGUGUUGAGGGAUAUGCGGGCGCAACUGGAGAAGUGGCAAGAGGAAACGGGGGACUUGUGGCUUUGGAGGGAUGGGACGAGCAUCAUAAGGUAUAAGCAGCAUGGGUAUGGGAGGGAGGGGUUGAGGAUCCCAGAUCGGUUCGAUUUCGAGGUGGAGAGGCCGGGGAAUAGGGCUGGGCCGGCGGUGAAGUUGUAG